AUGAAAAUCCCUACAGCCAUGGAUGAUAACUCCGUUUCUCAUCACAACGGAGGGCAAGUGGGAUCUGAAAUAGGAGUUAGUGUAAAUAAUAAACAAAAUGAAGAAUCUAGUCAAAGUGUCCAGUAUUCAAUACCGGGCAUUUUGCAUUUUAUCCAACAUGAAUGGGCGAGAUUCGAACUAGAGAGAUCACAAUGGGAGGUGGAUAGAGCUGAGUUUGAGGCAAGAAUUGCCUUCCUCCAGGGUGAGAGGAAAGGUCAAGAGAAUUUAAAAAAUGAUCUAGUAAGACGGAUCAAAAUGCUUGAGUAUGCAUUGAAACAGGAGAGGGCAAAAUUUCAUAAGUUAAAAUAUGGUGUGGAGCUGCAACAGGGAGAUAUGCGGCCGCCACCAGAAGAACCACCAGUUGAACCAGACCCAGCUGAGAGAGCUCAAUGGAAGCAUGGCCGUCAACUCAUCAAACAGUACCUGCAGGAAAUAGGCUAUACAGACACAAUACUUGACAUUCGUUCUAAUCGAGUGAGGACUUUACUGGGAGUGAAUAAUGAAGAACAAUCAGAAGAAUCCAAUUAUAGGAAUUGUGACAAACAUCAUUACUCUACAAAUACUGCCCUCGGACGUAAAAUGAUGAUGUAUGACUAUGGUGGCAAAGACCAACAAUGCAAGGGUUCUGUAUCUAGUGGAUACAAUGAAGAAGGCCUGUCUGUACAAGAAAAUGCGGUCUUUGCAAAUUUCGAGUUCUUGGCAAACCAAGAAAUGGAUAUGGAUGAAAUUGAGGAUAUAGAUGCCAAACAAGCUCACCACACUCAAAUGAAACAAGGUGAAGAAGUGGACCAUGAAGCUGAAGAAGUCCUCAAUGAACUAAAUCUGCUCACCGAGACAGAAGCAGAUGGCGGUGGACAGGGAGAUGAAUAUGUUGUGAAGUUCCCAAGUGGCAGUGCCACCAGCGGGCCGGCUGGCGAAGCCGAUGAGAAGCCCUUAGCGUUGGGGGAACUCGCUCAACUGACUGUGAGCAAUGAGCCAGAAGCCUACGACGUGGCUGGGGCUAGUAAGGAGUCCUUCAGGAAGACGUGGAACCCCAAGUAUACUCUGCGCUCGCAUUUUGAUGGGGUACGCGCUGUAGCCUUCCACCCAAACGAAGCGGCUUUAGUGACAGCAUCUGAAGAUCACACUCUUAAGCUGUGGAACCUUCAAAGAACGGUCCCAGCUAAGAAGUCUGCAGGGCUGGAUGUGGAACCGCUGUAUACCUUCCGGGCCCACAGUGGCCCAGUCUUGUGUCUGGCUAUGGGAGCUCCCAGGUCAGAAGAAUGUUUCUCUGCGGGUAGAGAUGGAACAAUACGUGUAUGGAAUCUCCCAUCUGCCACGGCCGACCCGUAUGAUCCUUAUGAUGCUGCUGUGCAGGGCCCCGUACUCCGGGAGCACACGGACGCGAUCUGGUCCCUGGCCAGUUCUCACGGGCGCCUGUUGUCUGCCUCGGCAGACGGCACGGCUCGCCUCUGGUCGCCCAGGGCACCGCGCCCUCUGCUGGCCACUCUGCGCGAUGACGCCACGGCUGGAGAUCCAGCUGCUGCUGACUUUGCAGAUGCAGCCACUCGAGCCGCCGUCGCCUACAAUGAUGGCACGCUGCUCUUGUAUGAUCUUGAGACCGCACAGGUGGUCCUCCGCGUGUCGUGCUCGUCGCCGACGACGCGCGUGCGCUCGCACCCGACGCUGCCCGUGCUGGUGACGGCGCACGAGGACCGCCACAUCCGCUUCUGGGACGCCGUGUCGGGGCGCUGCGCCCACGCGAUGGUGGCGCACCUGGACGCCGUGACGGGACUGGCCCUGGAUCCCAACGGGCUGUUCCUGCUGUCGGGCUCGCACGACUGCUCCGUGCGCCUCUGGAACCUCGACACGAAGACCUGCGUACAGGAGAUCACGGCCCACCGCAAGAAGUUCGACGAGGGCAUCCUGGACGUGGCCUUCCACCCGGUCCGGCCGUACAUCGCCAGCGCCGGCGCCGACGGCCUCGCCAAAGUCUUCGUGUGA